AUGUUUAUCUUUCACACUGGCCACAUUCAAGAGCUAAAGAAAACAGCGAACAAACAAAUUGAUCUGGUAUUUCUAGUUGACAGUUCUACAAGUGUCGGGGAGAACAACUUUAGAAAAGAAAUCAAAUUCGUAAAACAACUUUUGUCAGAUUUUACUGUUGAUGUAAAUCACACGCGGGUCUCGGUUAUUACGUUUUCCUCACGUGGGCGCGUGAUUCGUCACGUGGACUAUUUAGCAGACGACCACAAAGACCGCCACAAAUGUUCCCUCCUUGAAGAAGAUUUGAAGCAAAUAACAUAUUCAGGCGGAGGUACCUUUACUCUAGGAGCUCUCUUGGAAGCAAAGAAAGUCUUGACAAAUGCCCGACAGACGGCGAACAAGGCGAUAUUUUUAGUAACAGAUGGCUUCUCUAACGGCGGUAACCCUAGACCGGUUGCCCGAAGACUUAGGCGACAGGGAAUUAAGAUAUUUACGUUUGGAAUACAGAACGGGAAUGUAAGAGAACUGUACGACUUUGCUUCUCAUCCAAAGAACGAGUCGACCUACAUUCUAGACAGUUUUGAGGAAUUUGAAGCACUUGCGAAAAGGGCUCUACAUGAAGAUUUAACCUCCGGGAGGUAUAUUGAGCAAGUUCCCUCGAAAUGUAAUCGGCUGUGUGUAGACAGGGAUUGUUGUGACACGGUCGCCACGUGCAAUUGUGGCACACAUACUGGCAAAUAUGAGUGCAUGUGUCCCGCUGGAUUUUUCGGUAAUGGUCUGUUCGGAGGAUGUCAAGAAUGCCCAUCUGGAACAUAUAAGCCCGAAAAAAUUCCAGGAGAUGUGUUAACGUGCAUAAAAUGUCCGGAUGAAAAUCAGAUCACAGUACCCGGGGCCACAUCGGUUCACCAGUGCGUGUGUAAGAAGGGUUACAGGAACUUUAAAAACAAAGGAUGUGCAGUGUUAAAAUGUCCAUCACUUGAAGUACCAAAGAACGGCUACUUUGUUAAUGACAAGUGCAAACACGUGUUUAAUGCGGCCUGUGGACUGCGGUGCAAGCCUGGAUACGAGCUUCGCGGAAGCAGUUUGAGAAUUUGUAGAGAGGACAGCAAGUGGUCCGGCACUGAAACUGAAUGUUUUAUAAAAACUUGUCCAGCGUUGAUGACCCCGAAAAAUGGAAACAUGAUUUGUACAACAAACGACUUCAGUUUUAACACCGUGUGUAGAUUUACAUGUGACACUGGGUACAAACUUGUUGGUUCCCAAAAACGCACUUGUCUGGCCAUAGCGUCCUGGACUGGAAUAAAUAUACGAUGCAGAGAGAUUACAUGCAGACCGCUGCCGAUUGUGCGAGAUGGAAGUAUCUAUCCCCUGGCAUGCACUGCCGGCGACGUAGCAUUCGGAACCACGUGUUCAGUCACGUGCCAUCCGGGAUAUUCACUGAUUGGACCACACAGUAAACAGUGUCUUCUCGAAGGGGUUUGGGCACCAGCUUCAGAUAUUAGUCAGUGUGUUGACACGGAAGCGCCGUUCAUAAUGUGUCCAUACAAUAUUGAAGCGGAGACGGAUCUUAAUGAAAACUCUGCCACCGUGUCCUGGCAGGUACCUUUAGCAGUAGAUAAUUCCGGAUACGAUCCUAUAUUAUCUUCCGUACCAGCGGCAAUGCCACCUGAACGAUUUCCCAUCGGCACGACAAAGGUGACGUAUUUGGCCGAGGACCUAAACAAGAACAAAGCCGAUUGCCAUUUUUAUAUUAUCGUUAAAGACAAACAGGUGCCGACCAUAGACCGAUGUGUUUCUCCAUUACCAAUUGUGUCACCGGAACCUUACGCCGAGGUCUCGUGGGAAGAGCCUAUUUUUAGUGACAAUUCCGGAAAUGAUGUCAAGAUUAGACGAACACACUCACCGGGUCUUUUCUCACAGGGCAAAACGGAAGUGGUCUACACAGCAUACGAUGAUAGUGGAAAUAAUAGAUCUUGUGUUUUAAGUAUAAACGUCAUCCCUCAUCCAUGCGAAUACCCUCCUAUCCCGUUAAAUGGUAACAGGGCAUGUUUCGAGGACAGCGAGGGCGUAGUUUGUCAGUUCACGUGCAAAGAGGGAUAUGAUUUCGCGAUACCGCCUGCGCGUGAAUAUAGAUGUGCAUUUGAUAACGUAUGGGAACCAAAAGACCAGACACCAAUUUCAGAUUGUUCAGCAUUACAGCAAUCUCAUGACGUCAUACAACCGGCAUCCUUAACCUUUGCUGGCUUAGUUGCUUGCCAGCAACGAAUUGUGCUUACAAAACUGGAGAAGGACUUUGAAAACAGAGUUACAAAACGUAUAAAUGAACUUUGUGAAGAAGGCGUGGAGUGUUCUAUCCGGAACCUGAAAGCGACAUGUGAACAACAAGAUGGAUCUGGAUUACGCAUCGGUCUUGGCCGCGAUAAAAGAAGAGUCAUGAAAAGAAUAAAGAACAAACGUUUAAGGACGCAAAGACAGACAGAAAUACAGACAGAGACGAUAGAAGACAAGCAAACCAUUAUAACAUUCAAUUACCUCGUUGCAGGGUCAGCCGGGGACAAAAAGUCGUCUUCGUCCAGAAAAGCACUGACUCAAGACCAAUUACUUCAUGUGGUAGAAAAUAUCAGGACGUUGUUAAAGAAAGAUGCUACAAGAGGAGAGUUUAAUAUUGAAGUUAAAGGAAAACCUUUAGAGCUUCAAGACAUGAAGUUUGACGAUAACCCGGUGUUUGAAUGCGAACAAGGCAGUGUGGUGGUAAAUAGCGCAUGUGCUAAAUGCCCAGUGGGCACUUUCUUCAACGUCGUAUCGGAACAGUGUGAGGCGUGUCCUAUAAGAACAUUUCAGCCACUCGUAGGACAGCUUUCUUGUCGAUACUGCCCCACGAAUACAUCGACACCCAGCCUCCAUGCUUCAAGUGAAGACAGUUGUAAAGCUCAGUGUUUGCCGGGGACAUUUUCACAUAAUGGUUUAGAAAUGUGUGAGACUUGUACAAGAAGUUACUACCAGGAUGAAUAUGGUCAGACGGAUUGUAAAAGAUGUCAAAAAGGUUACACAACUAUCAGACGAGGGUCAAGAACUGAUAGUGAGUGUAAAGAGAAGUGCGCGGAGGGAUAUGUGUCUAGGACUGGACUACAACCCUGCUGGCCGUGCCCUCGGGGGACGUAUCAACCUAAAGGCGGAAAAAGUUCCUGUAUUAAAUGCCCAGUUAAUUCAGACACAGCACAUAAAGCGUCUACACAGAUCUCUGACUGUGAAUAUGCGCAGUCGGACGACCCUCAAAAUAUUGCAGCGUUUGAGGGCUUCGGAGAGCAGCAAGAGUCUGUGGAAUUUGACGAUUGUUUCGAGGGCUUGUGUUCAAACAGAGCCACGUGUAAACCUAAAUUGCCUUUUGGGUUUGACUGCUUGUGUGCAGAAGGCUAUACGGGUGUGCACUGUGAAGAGGAAGUGAACGAGUGUGAUGUUUACCCGUGCCAAAACGGUGGUACGUGCAAAGAUCUUGUUGCAGACUAUCAAUGCACGUGCAAAUCGGGUUUUACAGGAAAGAAAUGUGAGGCAGAUAUUGACGACUGCAUUGGUUCACCCUGUGAUAAUGGUGGCACGUGUAUCGAUGAGACUAACGGAUUCUCGUGCAGUUGUGCCAACGGGUUUAAAGGUUCUAUGUGUGAAGUUAAUAUUAACGAAUGCGAGUCAGCGCCAUGUUUAAAUGGCGGCACAUGUAACGAUAUGGUGGCCGGAUAUGAGUGUAAAUGCCCAGAUGGAAUCAGGGGAGUGCAAUGUGAGAUUGACGAUGAUGAUUGUGCUCAUGGACUUUGUCAAAAUGACGGGGCAUGUAAGGGUUCGAGUGGCACGUUUAACUGUGAGUGUAAAGAGGGUUUUACUGGAGAAGCGUGUGACGUUUACAUCGACGAAUGUGCGAGCAAUCCAUGCGCAUCCGGAGCUAAAUGCGAGGAUUUGAUUGGUAGUUAUAAAUGUCACUGUCCAAGCAGAAAAACUGGCGCAGAUUGUUCUACAGUCAUCGAUACAAACUUUCAACUUGAUUUUCCUGCUACGGUCAGCACCAUGGACUACGCACGUGUUGACAUGAAACAAGACUUAACGUCUGCAACCGUCUGCUUUUGGAUGAAAACAGACGACCAACAAAAUCAAGGCACGCCAUUCUCCUAUGCAAAUGAAGAUGGCGACAACAUGUUCACCCUGACUGACUAUGACGGGUUUGCGUUUUAUGUGAAUGGUGAAAAAAGAACGACUACGGCAAGAGCAAACACAGGAAACUGGUAUCACGUCUGCGUCAUGUGGGAGUCAAAUCGAGGUCAGUGGAAGAUAUACAUGAACGGAAUUCCAAUGGACAGUGGAAGAAGGCUGUCGAAUGGACAAACGAUCAAAGGUGGUGGACAAUUCAUCAUUGGACAGGACCAAGAUACGUUAGGUGGCGGGUUUUCCAGUCCCGAAGCAUUUAUUGGCCAAAUUACUCAGCUGAACAUGUGGAGUAGAAGUCUGUCUCUAAGAGAUAUUGAAUCACUGCGACUAAAUUGUUCGUCAGAAAUGGGUGACGUCAUAGCCUGUGCGGAUAUUUCCGGGAAAACAAAAGGGGCCGUCUCUGACACUCCUGUGGAGUUUUGUAAAGCCUGUCCGACACUAGAUGAUAUCAGCCAUGGCAAUGUUACUUACACCGGUUUGACAGCGGGAUCAGAGGCCUCGUAUAGCUGUAAAAAAGGAUACGAUCUAGCUGGUCGCAGGACAAGACUUUGUAUUAUUACUGGAGAAUGGGAGGGUAAUGUGCCAGUAUGUGCAGCCGUACAGUGUGGACACCCCGGAGGGAUCUUAAAUGGCUGGACCGAGGGUGAGCGUUUCACAUAUGAUAAUCGGGUCCGUUACAAGUGUGAAAGAGGAUACGAAUUAAUUGGUCCUGCCACAAGAUAUUGCGGGGAAUUUGGCUUCUGGGAAGGCGAUAUUCCCGUUUGCGAACGUGAGUACAAUUUUUACAUAUUUUUUAAGUUGGUAUAUUGGCCAGUCAUGUUUUCUUUAGUAUAAAAAUACCUUCCGUUG